UCCAUACAGGUUCUUACUGUAUGGCAAGCCAACCCAUUUAAUAAUUUCACAACCGUUGAAAAUAAACAUUUUUUGGCGAAAUACAAAGGAAAUACUAUUGCAAAAUAGUUGCAACUGCCUUCGAAGUAAAUCGCGCGUCGAUUGCGCAUUAAAUAUCACUUGUCCUCUAUAGCGGACAGAUCAAAUCCGUCUGCAAACCGCAACUGGUCAGGACUUGGAUAUAAGUUUGCUUGUUUCUGGCCAACUUACUGCCACAAUUACCACCGAUAUAGAUCUCGAUCUUUUCAAGCCAAGUGCCAAAAGAAUGUCGUCUCCAUGGGUAAAAAGCAGUGAGCCAGUGCAGUCGGUGAACCUGGCUGAUAUAAUGUCGGAGCAGUAUGCCCACAAGUUGCACGACAAGGAGCUACAGCGCCACACGGAGCAGCUUAAGAAACCGGUACAGGAAAUAGGCUCUAUUUGGGAGGCAGGAGCCUCAUCCGCGUCAGCCGCCAGCUACUCCGAUGUGGCGGGAUGUUCGCUGAAGAAUCAAAGCGGUAGCGAGGAGUGGGAGGAUUACUCGGCUUUACUUACCGACAGCGCCAUUCCGUCGGAGGACAUUCAGUUUCCGGAGGACAGCGAUGCAGUGAUUGCCCAACUACUGCAGUCCCAGUUCGAUCACGAGUAUAACGAGGAACUGCGUCGCGUCGAGCGACAGCAGAACAAGCAAUCUAAGGUCACGGUAACCCUCAAUAAGUUCCUGCGGGAUGGCGACGCCGAGUUUCUGCACGACACCGUCGAGGAGGACUACGAGGAGGAUGAGCUCGAGCAAAUGAAGCAUGACUGGGAUCGGUUUGAGGACAAUGAACGACAGCUGGAGUCUAUUCCGCGCUGUGGCUUCAAAGUAAACAAGGAGGGCGAGAUGAUCACCAAGCACGAUCCGCAACUGUGCGCUGUGCGCAAUGCCCAGAGGGUGAUGUCCUUUCCGCCGGAGUUUCCCACUGGCGAUGCCGCUGGCUUCGACAUGAAGCUGUCCAACAAGGUCUUCAAUCAACUGAGAGCCCACUCCCGACGUGGUCGUUCCGAUAAACAUGAAAAAGUGGCCACCGCCGAGAUGGGUUUGGAUGCCAGCACACGCUUGUUGCUGUACAAGCUGAUAAACAACCAAAUACUCGAGCAGAUCAAUGGCAUCAUCUCCACGGGCAAAGAAGCGGUCAUUUUGCACGCCAACUCGGACGCCAAUUAUACUGGCACCAAUGAGCAUGGCCACCAGGGCGGUGCGCUGAUGCCGGCGGAUCUGCUCCCCCGGGAGUGCGCCAUCAAGAUAUUCAAAACAACGCUCAACGAAUUCAAGCAGCGUGAUCGGUACAUCAAGGACGACUAUCGGUUCAAGGACAGGUUUAGUAAGCAGAAUCACCGAGUAGUCAUCAACAUGUGGGCGGAGAAAGAAAUGCAUAACCUAAUGAGGAUGCAGGCCAUAGGUCUUAAUGUUCCUGAUGUUGUGGUGUUGAAGAAGCACGUGCUAGUCAUGCGAUUUAUCGGCGACAAUCACAAUGCGGCACCCAAGUUAAAGGACGCGCGGCUGAGUACCGCAGAGCUAAGCUGCGCUUACGAGGAAAUUGUGGCCGCCAUGCACAAGUUGUACAAUGAGGCAAAAUUGGUGCAUGCCGAUUUGAGCGAAUAUAACAUACUCUGGUACGAGGGCAAGUGCUGGUUUAUAGAUGUGGCCCAAAGCGUCGAGCCGAAGCAUCCUAGUGCUUUGGAGUUUCUGAUGAGGGAUUGCGGCAACAUCGUUAACUUCUUCGAAAGACGGGGCCUGCCUAACAUCUACACCAAGGAGCAACUGUUCGAGUUCAUUACGGGACUCAAUGCUGAGGUCCACAAUGCUGCCCAGUUGGAAAAGAUACACACGCGUGGAGCUUCCAUGAACCAGGCCACUGCUCCGAAUCAGGAAGACUUUCCCGACCAAAUGAAGCUCCUAGAGUAUCCCUUUGAGCUGGCUUGGGAGAAAUCCCAGCUGGAUCGCGAGGCCAAAAAGGCUCUCGAGCAAGCGCAGCAUAAUAACGAUAAUGAAUCCGACACUGAUAAGGAUUAUGAGAGCGAUGGCAAUAAGAACGAUAUUGACGACAAGGAAAAGGUCAUUAAAACUGCCAAACAUUAAAACUUUAAAAGUAUAGACACAUUUCCUAGUUUAGUUUUUAAUUGAUAUCAAAACAUUGGCCGCAGCGAUUCUGCUCAUAUUUCUAUAAUUCCGAAGGAAAAAAAUAUGAUGCUCAUAGUCAUGGCUUUUGACUAUAAAAGAUCCCUCAAAAUAAGAAUAAAGUGGUUUAUUUUUCUCCGGAAA